CUUUCCGGUAACUCCGCAGUUUAUUUGACAUUUGAUUACACUUGGUUGUUUUCCUGAUGAUUAAUGCAGGUACAAUAAUUUUCGUAAACACACAAAAGGAUCUCGAGUGAAAAAUUUCUAUAAAUUUAGAAAAUUGUGGUAAAAAUGGCUGCUUUGAAAGAUUAUUGGUUUGUGCAUUUCUAACAUGCCUGGGCAUGACUUUCCUCAUAUUGGCGUGUGCCGUGCCUCAACCUAAGAUUUUCUAUCCAUUCUUCGUAUUAUUAUUCUACGUGCUCUCCGUUUUGCCGGUGUUCAUUGCGAAACGCUUUUCCCAAGGGAAUGAGACUAAUCCAAAGACGGAGUUCGCCCUAUUCCUUUGCGCUGGCAUGGUGCUGAGCGCCUUCGCUUUUCCAAUUGUAUUGGCGCACAGUCAAGUGAUCACUUGGAUGGCAGCUACACUUACUUUGAUAAGUAAUAUUAUUAAUUACUUAACCAUAUUUGGCUAUUCAAUGAGAGACAGCGAAUUCGAUGCCCCGUAUGGUGGAAUGUUCUAAAUUGUUUUAUAUUUUAUAUAGACUUGUGUGAUGGAACUUGAGCGAAGAGACCAUUUUAGCGAAAUAACUACAUCGACUUCUAAUAGUCGGAUCUGCAUAAGUUACAAAUUAAUAAAAACAUAUGUGUAUGUAGUACUAUCAUCACUUUACAAAUCAACGCUAAAUUAUUGAAACGAAUAUUGGGCAAAUAUUUUUAACUGCGUUGAAGACACCUUCAAAACGCUCUUAAAAAUCUAAGAAACAUUUACCAAGGCUAGCGAAUGUCAUUCUUCAAGCAGCUGUAUAGUUACAUAAAUAUAUACAUAUAUACAUAAAAAAUAAUAAUGUUUAGAUUUAAGAUAAAAAGCUUUUGUAUUUGCAAUCAAUGUUCGAAACGGAGAGGGCUGCUAAUUUCGCCUAUCUACCGCUUUGAGAAAAACAAAUCGAUAACGUAAAAUUAAAUAAAUAAAUUGCUCCACAAACAUAAAACCAAAUAAACAAAAAUAAAUGUAACU